UGUCGGUGACGUCUUUUGACAAAUUAUUUUUUUUUCUUUUUUCAGGUUAAAUUAAAAACUAUGAAAUAUUUUAUAUUUUUUGUUCUUUUUGAAACUUCUCUAGCAGCGACGCCACUGGUUGUAAACACUUGGAACUUUCAAAAUGCGACUAAAGAAGCUUGGAGUGUAUUAUCAGAAGGUGAGAAAAAUAAACAAGACUUGACAGUUGAAGCGCUAGCAGUGGGAUGUAAAACAUGCCAAGAUGAACAAUGUGACACUACAGUUGGUUUUGGGGGUUCCCCUGAUGAGAAUGGAGAAACAACCUUGGACGCUAUGAUAUUUGAUGGAAAUACUAUGGAUAUGGGGGCUGUAGGAGGCCUUCGAAAGAUAAAAGAUGUUAUAAAUGUAGCUAAGCAUGUUUUGGAGAAUACUGAACAUUCAUUUUUAGCAGGAAGCUUGGCUACUGAUUUUGCUAAAAAAUUUGGUUUUAUAGAAGAAUCAUUAGAAACCAAUUUUUCGUUAAAUUUAUGGAGUGAUUGGAAAGAAAAUAAUUGCCAGCCUAACUUUUGGAAGAAUGUCGAACCUGACCCAAAAACGUCUUGUGGUCCGUACAAAGCUAAAGAAGAAAGGUACCUCAAUGAAGUACUAAAAAACCAACCAAACCAAUACAAUUCAAGAAAUCAUGACACUAUUGGUAUGAUAGUUAUUUCAGGAAACGGCCAUAUUGUUGCAGGAACUUCGACCAAUGGUGCGAAGUUUAAAAUCCCUGGGAGGGUUGGAGAUUCACCAAUACCUGGUGCAGGUGCUUAUGCAGACAGUGAUGUGGGAGCAGCAGUUGCAACAGGGGAUGGUGAUCUCAUGAUGAGAUUUUUACCAAGUUUUUUAGCGGUUGAAAAGUUAAGAGAUGGUAUUUCAGCCCAAAAAGCUGCGACGAUGGUAAUGUCCCGUAUUUCACAGAAGUAUCCAAAGUUUUUUGGAGGCUUAGUUGUAGUAGAUAAAAAAGGAAAUGUCGGAGCUGCUUGUAAUGGAAUGGAAAAAUUCCCGUACACGUUAGCAAACGCCCAAUAUCCAGAAGGCAUAAUUAAAUAUGUGACAAGUUGUACGUAA